AUGCUGCAGCCCACUGCAUUGCAGAACGACAAGGAUAACAACAACAACAACAACAACGAUAACGAUAGUGGAAAUGCUCGCGGCCCUGCUGAUUUCUCCUGGGAAACAGCCAAGACCUUCUGGAUUAUUCUCAUCAUCGCCGCCAUUAUUUCCCUGUUGCACGUCGUGUACAAGAUCGACAAAAGCAGACGCUACAAGAUGCACGCGCCGGAUGUUAGACUUGUCAGCGUAGCUACAGGACGAGCGGCGGCAGCAGCAGCGGUGACAGCAAAUGUAGAGCCUGUGGAAUCGGUGGCAGGAGACGAAGAGGAAGAAGAACAAGAUGGAUUGCAGAGACCCGGAAGGGCAGUGGUGAGAAUGACGAGGAGUAGCAGCGACGUUUCGAAUCUCCCGCGGUAUGAGCGGUUUGACGAGGGCGCGGCGUGUGGAGAACAUGUCAAGGUGGAGCGGAGGGUGAGGUAUACGUAUGUUUUGGGGCAGGCUUGGCCUGGGGGAGUGAGGAGAGGGUGA